AUGGGUUGCCACUCUGGAGCCAGCUCAGUAGCAAAGUUCUUCAGCAGAAAAACCGCUGCACCCAUCUGGCCCAGCCGCUUUCUUGGUGUUGGUGUACUGAAAUGUUUUUCUGACCUCUUCGACACUGAUGGUUCUGACAACAAACUGAUGCUGUCCAAACUCAAGUCCCAGCUUGCGGAACUCCGAUCCAAAGUUGUCUUCUUGGAUACAGUGAAGAAAUAUCUCGAGAUUCUGAGUGUGGACCAGUGGGGUUUGGAGGUUUCAUUACUUCCUUCUUUGGCCUCCUGUGGACCCGGGUCUUUGGACUUCCGUUCCUCUGAGGAUCCGUCAGCUCUGAGCUUCGGCAACAGCAAAGGGAAGAGCAUUCUGCAGGUCGGGUCUCCUCUAGGCCUCAUGGCUUACCUCUACGCCAGAAAUGCAGCUUUGGAGGGCUACAUCCAGCAGUUCCUGUAUACCUAUCGUUUCCUCUGCACUCCUGAGCAGUUACUGCAGUUCAUUAUGGAUAAAUUCAUCGCUGCUGCAAGGCAAGGUCCCGACAUGUCAGGAGAAGCUGAGAAGAUCUUCCAUCGCAGUAUGGAUCUGCUCCAGUUCUGGAUCACAGACUGUAGACAGGUGGACUUCACCCCUAAGUCCAGCCUCCUCGAUACGUUUACAGCACUGGAGACACCAGCACCAUCUCCACAGUCUUUCUCCUUCAAUCCCUCAAUGCCCAAACCAGUGACCCCCAUUUCCGGUAGUUUGACCGCCCCUCCACCAUCAGCCGUUAAACCUCCAGCUGUAAUGGCUCCAGUGCGUCCAGUUCAAAUCAGCACGCCCCCCACAGUCGUCCAGAAGCCUGCGCCUGCUCCUGCUGCACAGGGCCGCGUCCAAACACCACAGGCAGCUGUUAGUAUCAAGGCCUUGGAGAAGCAGCAGCAAAAGAAAGACUUUGAUCCAAUUAUGGUUGGCAUAUUUGAAGAGAUCGCACACUUCCAGAAGGAGUUAGAUGAUCUGAAGACUCGAAGCUCGAGAGCUGACUUCAAGGUCGGCACAAAUGAUGAGAUGAAGGAGCUGAGGAAGGAGUCAGAGGACCUCCAUAUUUUCACCCUCGAGAUAAAGGAGACAACAGAGUCUCUCCAUGGGGACAUUGGUACACUGAAGACCACCUUACUGGAGGGCUUUGCUGGGGCAGAAGAGGCAAAGACCCAGAGUGAGCUGAGCAGAGACAGAAAUUACAGACAGCUGCUUUACAAAAAACCUCUGGACCCCCGCAGCGAGGAACGACUCAAGGAGAUACGAAGGCUGUACCAGUACAUCAUGUUUGCUGUGGAAGAUGUCAAUGACGUGUUGGAUGUGGAAUGGGAGAAACACCUGGAGAAAAAGAAAAAACAGAAACACAUGGUCGUGCCAGGGCGUGAGGGUCUGUUCACUACGUUGGCCAACAACCUGUACAUCAUCAACCAGCAGAAGAACAGACUGGACCAGUUGGUCAAACAGCUCACUUCUCUGCGCCUCUACAACAAGACUACCGCUCCAACUAUAAGCUGCAGUGCUGCUGCUGCUGCAGAAACUGCUACUGGCUUGGAAAGCGAGAUUGAGAGUUUAAGGGAUGCACUCCUGAAAGCCAGGCUGGACACCAACCCUCCUAUGCCCAAACCCAAGUCUCCAGUCAAGAUAUCGCCAGUGAAACAGUCCCAGUUGCGUAACUUCCUCUCAAAGGGGCAGAUGCCUCCUGUCCGCUCAACUGCACCAGGUACACAUGUCAUCCUCAAAGUCAUGUCCACAAGUUACUCUAAUAUCCUGUGA